AUGGCAGCAACACUUCAAAAAUUCUUCAUAUGGUGGUUGUAUUUGCUAAGUGUUGGCUUCUGUGCUAAAGUCGCUUUAGCCAAGACAAAUACUUUUACUUAUGAAUUAAGCAAAGACAAAUUAGAAUUGGAGGAGGAAGUAGAAGACAGUGGCGUAACAUUUAAAAAUUUAACAAUAAACAAAGGCAGGAGUUUGAAAUGUGUGCCCAUGAUAAAACAUUUUGAAGUCGAGCUAACGGAGCCCUUAAAGCCGGGCGAGGGAGUGGGAUUAACUGGUGAUCAUGCCAAACUGGGAGUAUGGCAGAUUGAUAAGAGUUUGGAAAUGAAGAGAAGAAGGCGUAAUCCUUUGAAAUGGUAUCUAAAAAUACCCAUGUGCUCGGCCUUAAGGGUUUAUUAUCGGUUUUUUAUAUAUUACAAAGAUUCAAAGGGUUUCAAGCGCAUACGCUAUUGGGAGGCUCAACAGCAUGCCAGAGUAUUGGAGGCCUAUGAAAUGUAUCGUCAUCAGGGCUCCAGGAAAUUUGGUCAGGCCCAUGCCUUGGCGGUGGGAGGAGGCAUACAGAAUGAAAGAGCCUGGCUGAGAAAGGAAUAUAUUAUACAAUUGAAAUUUAUAUGGCCCCAGCAUAUAAGAUUUACCGAGUUCUCACAUUUUAUAAGAAAUCCAAAAUAUAUUUUGAAACUGCAGGCCUAUCAAGAUGAUAAUGGUCAGCCGAAUUAUGAAAAUUCGUUAAAUGAUGAAGAUACCGAAUUGCAGGUUUCUCGAUUUAUGGGCAAGAAAUCAAAAUUGAAAUCAUUAAGGGAGGAAGGAGAGUUUUAUAGACCUGGAAAUAUAGUGGUAUUUCAUAUAACGGUAGCGGAUUUCCAGGAGAAUUUAUAUAUUUUAGCCAUUUACAGCAGAGAACAAGAGUUGUUGGGUGAGGCUGUCAUACCUUCCGAAGUAAUUAAACGCAGUGAGGGCAUUCUGGAGCUGCCUAUAUAUGACGCUAAUGACAAUAACCGUGUGGGAUGGCUUACUUUGCCCUUCUUGCGAAUAGAAGCUUUACCGGGAGCUUUAAAGCUGAACAUGCGGGCUGGCUUCCAUCAUUAUUGGCCCUAUAAUUGGCCCACCUUGGACAUAGGCCAACGGGGUUUGGGUAAAAGUUUUUACUAUCGUUCUGCCAAUGCCUUGGAAAAUACCAUUGAGAGUUUUGUUAAAGCUAAGGAGCAUAAUAGUGAUAUGAUACAAUUGGAUGUGCAACUGACCAAGGAUUAUGUGCCCGUGGCUUGGCAUGAUUUUGGUUUCUAUACGGCUGGGCCGCGCAGCCAGAAAAAGUUAAAGGGUAGAGAUUUAAAGUAUGUCUACAUACAUGACCUGACCUAUCAGGAGUUGCUAAAGAAAAGAGUCUUUAUGUUUGUUAAGGGUGUCAUGGUGGAGAUGACCCAUUUGAAUACAGUGUUUGUGCCCGAUAAGGAGAAAAUAUUUCCAAGACUUCAGCAGGUCUAUCAAGAAUUACCUAUAACUUUGGGUAUUAUGGUGGAUAUUAAAUGGCCUCAACUUUUAAGUAGUGGCAGCUUUGAGUCUUUGCAGUCUUUGGAUAAAAAUAAAUAUGUAAAUGAGAUUUUACACACAACUAUGGAAUAUGGAUGUGGUCGACCCAUAAUCCUGGCUAGUUUUGAUGCUGAUAUUUGCACUAUGCUGCGCUUUAAGCAGCACAUGUUUCCAGUUGUCUUUCUAACCAUGGGCCAAUACAGUCCCUGGGAAUCUUAUGCGGAUCUACGCACUCAUUCUUUAACCAAUGCCAUACAAUUUGUACAAUCCAGUGAUAUUUUAGGAACGGCAGUGUAUGCCAAAGAAAUUUUUCCCGCUAAUGAAAAUAAGGAUUUAAAUAUGGCCUUUGAAUUGCAGCAACUGGUAUUUGUCUGGGGUGAACAAUUAAAUGAGGCCUCCAUAUUAGAUCAUUUUAGAACACAAGAAAUGGCCGGCCUUAUAUACGAACACUUGGACACUUUAAUGUUACAGAAGCCCAAAUCCAAAAGAAAACGUUUUGGUUUCUUUGAGGCCCCCGAAUUACAGCGCAUCUUUCGGCGCCAGUGUAUAGCAGCUGGCAAUAUGACCAUGGGCGAGGGAUUGCCCGAUACCCACUCUCCCUUUUGGCCACGUGUACGCAGUCUAGAUGAACUUUAAAGCUGGCAAAUUUUUUUUUCAAUUAAAUAAAAUGUAAUUGAAAAUAA